UCUGUUUAUUCCCGACAACAACGUCGUCCGUUAUGGAUUAUGUUUGAUUUCUCCACGCGCAGUUUGGCGUGCUUGUCCGAAAGUGGACUGGUUGAACGAGUAAGGAUCUCUAGUUGCAGGACUGCCUAAGAUAUUUAAAGAGGUUGCUAAAGCUCUUGGAUGACAAAACGACUUCUUUCACGGCUAAGCAUUGCAUUCAGAUACAAGGAGCCUUUGAGCUGCCCAGGAGAACUUGUUAGGCAUACCAAGAAGGUCCACAAGAGGCGAAUCUUUGAAUCGUUUUGUGAAAUUUCAUGUCAUAGACCGCAAGUGUGGAUCAUACUUAUGUAAUAUGUGGGAAUUAAAUCGCAGCCUGGAGAGCUUUUCUAAAAGCAAACCCGCAUUUUUGCACAAGGAAAAGCAAUGUAGACCCUGAAUAGCUAUCCAUUCGUUUUCCGAUUCACCUCUCCCUUUGGAGACAGUGGGUAGGCUACUGGACUAAAGCAGACUCGACAACAAAAGGAUAAUUUUAUCGUAAACCAUGAUUGCCCGGAUACUGUACUUUUUUCUUUGGUCUGCGGCAUUUUUAUCCGAGCUGCAGUGCGCUUCUCAGAGAGCCGCAGACGCAGUUACUACUUUCCCCACGUCCGCUUUCAUCAAUGGCACCGACAAAAAGGACUCCAACCAAACCUUCACCUCACGCCUCAAAAGGAAGACGCUGUCGGUGGAUUUUGCCGUUCCUUCGCUGUUACGGCACUACAUGGCUCUGUUUAUAAAGCGCCCGCUUAACGGAGACUGUCUGACGUUUAACGGAUGUUACACUGUACGCGCGAACUUACUUAUGCGCUGUGAGCCGCUACAGAAAACGAUCGCCAGUUUGCUCGACGUGAAGUCGGCCGCGAUGAAUGUCAACAAAUCCAGCACUGGACAGCUCCCGUAUCGAAACAAGCGGCCCGUGCCAAAAGUUUUGAAUUUGGGUUUGACCAAAGCCAGUCGAAAGUCCAAUCAAGUUGUGGUGGAGGUGGGCGAGGACAUGGUUAAAACGGGAUGUGGAGGUCUGCAUGUGUAUGAGGACACACCGGUUCUGUUUUUGGAAAUGGACCUAACACGGAUUUUGGAGUGGUGGCUGGGGGCAGAGGGAGGUCGGCUCAGGGUCCGGCUCAUGCCCGAACGAAAAGCUCAGGUCCCAGUUAAGGAGGACAAGUACUCAUCGGCCAUCAGAGCUUCAGACGCCCGACUUUUUCUCCACAUAGCCUCAAGUGACCGACCCAUACAGAAAAACUCUGGAAAUUCCUUCGCUGCCCCCAAAUAUUGGAACUUUUCAUGGAUAGCAGAGGACGAGCUAACCUUCCCCGAGGACCCUGUAUCAACUCCAGGUUGCUCCACAAAGGGAAAGUCAUGUGACCGUCUGCAUACUGGAUAUUACCCUGAGUUUGCAUGGAGUUUAACAUCAGCAGAGGACUCCUGGGGAAAGAACCACAUGAUGGAGAGUACAAAACUGAGUACCCAGGGAUGGGAGGAAGGUAAAGGAAUUACUGUGUUGGCUCUGCUCCACUUCUCCUGGGCUCGACCCCCCAACGAAGAAAGCUCCGAGGAAUCGUUGGAGUCAGAUGCCAGUAAGUCACCCUCCGAUGCUGCAAGGGACAUAUCAUCAAGCACCGUUUCCAAAUACGUGGAUGAGAAAGAAGACGGUGGGACCGUCUCUUGGGGAAUGGUCAGACGAGCCAGACGAAGUGCAGCGAUCAGCGAGCCAGUGGCUAACGGAUUAAUGCUCACUGUAAUCCUCAUAUCAACCUCGCUGCUCGUCAUAGCGGACGGAAGGGCCGUAGCCACUGCUGUCUCAGAACGGGAAGCAGACGAGGUGGUGGCAAGGUCCCAUGGGAACACAGCCACCCGUGAACGCAACGUCUAA